AUGGCUGCGUUGAUGUUAGCAGCACAGGAUGAGCUGGAAAGACGACGUGCAAGACGUCGAGAACGUGUUUUUCGAGACCGGUUUCACCCACUGGACAUGUACAAUGAUUUAGAACUGUAUCAAAGAUACCGACUGGAUAGGAGAACCAUUUUAGAUUUGAUUGACGCUGUCGGAGAUGUACUUGACCCACAUACAGUUAGGAAUCAUGCUCUAUCAAGUAGUCUGAACAUUUUUGAAGCUCUACGUUUCUAUGCUACGGGAUCAUUUCAACAGGUAACUGCCGAUACCGUCCAUGUAUCACAACCAACAAUGAGCCGAGUAAUUUCACAAGUUACUCAUGCUUUGCUUCAUUUAUUGCCAACAAUUGUGAACUUUCCCAUGUCUGAAGAUAUCCCUAACAUCGUGCAAGAUUUUUAUGAAAUUGCUCAUUUCCCAAGUGUUGCAUAUUGCCAAAGCAUUAAUUCCUACUUUGUCAUCAUAACGUCAGCUGAAGAAGACAAAUUCAUCCGGGAACAUCUGUUACAAAGUACAACGAAGUCUGAUUACUGGAUCGGGGCAAACGAUCAACAAGUUGAAGGUCAGUUUCAGUGGAUGUCAACCGGAUCACAUAAACCUGUAAACUACACCAACUGGUCUUAUCGCCAGCCAGAUAACAAAGACGAGGAGGACUGCGUAGAACUGAGAGCCAAAUCUGGCUUCCCUUGGAAUGACGCGAAAUGUAACAAGAGAACAGGAUUCAUCUGUGAACACUCUCAGAAGACGACUCUUUCAGACACAUGUCAGCCUGGUUUUGUGAAAUACGAAAACAGCUGUUACUGGUUUUCACCGAAAUCAGCGAUCCGAUCAUGGGAUGAAGGCAAGGCAUAUUGCCAAAGCAUUAAUUCCUACCUUGUCAUCAUAACGUCAGCUGAAGAAGACAAAUUCAUCCGGGAAUAUCUGUUACAAAGUACAACGAAGUCUGAUUACUGGAUCGGGGCAAACGAUCAACAAGUUGAAGGUCAGUUUCAGUGGAUGUCAACCGGAUCACAUAAACCUGUAAACUACACCAACUGGUCUUAUCGCCAGCCAGAUAACAAAGACGAGGAGGACUGCGUAGAACUGAGAGCCAAAUCUGGCUUCCCUUGGAAUGACGCGAAAUGUAACAAGAGAACAGGAUUCAUCUGUGAACACUCUUAGAAGACGACUCGUGAAGCAGUAUGAAAACAACACGUGUGAACUCUGAUUACUGGGUUGUGUCAUGUCGCGUUUUCGCUAUGUCGCCGCUAGAUUUAAUAAAAUAAUGAUCUGAUCUGAACUCUUUUCACGUUCCCAUAUAACACUAUGUUUUUGAGCACGCCUAUCAUUAAGCGUAUGAUUCAUCUGUGAACAGUUUUAGAAAAUGACUUGUGAAGCAGUAUAGAAACAACACGUGUGAACUUUGAUGACUGGGUUGUGUUAUGUCGCGGUUACGCUUUGUCGCUGUUACGCUUUGUCGCUGUUAAAUGUAAUAGAAUAAAACGAAAAUGCGACAAAUUUGGAACGAAAACAUGACAAUACGACAAAGCGAAAAUGCGACAUAGCAAAAAUCAUCCACCAUAGUGAAGAUCAGAUUUCAGAAAUAAAGACUACCUUGCUGCUAAAUGUUUCCCUUUUUUAAAAAUUUAAUCCAACAGGUUCCGUCGCACGCAGUAAAAUGUCAUUGCCGACAAUGUUAACAUUUUCAAAUAAAACUGCGCGUACGUUUCAUUCCAUAUAGUAGUUAGUGUUAUUGGAAUGGAAAUAUUCCAUACUUUAUAUAUUGUCAC